GUUAUAGUACGCACGCAUCAAAAGAUAGUAGUGUAAAAAAUGACGAAGCUAUAUAUAGUAGUGUUGUUUGUGUCGGCCCUCGUCUUCACAAAUGCAAGGCAUUUACAUCCCCAUGAAGUUGUUCCCCUUGCAAGACAUCAAGAUGUAGAAGAGCCAUGUGAGCAUGGGGCUAAGAAAGCUUUAAAAACCGCGCCGAGCAGAGAAGAAUACAUUAAUGUGGAGGUAAUAGAUGAAAUUUCACGCAACAUUAAACCGAACCGCUUCGUGCCUCUGAACAACCAGAUCUUCUUCAUGGGCCACAUGCCUUGUCCUGAGGAGGGCUUCAAGCGGGACUAUUUGGGUAUCUGCAGGGAAGUCUGGGACUAGCUGGACCAAAAUCUUUUUAGCCACUUGUCCACCAAGAAAAAAAAAGAUUGGCCGACGAAUAAAAACUGGGCAUGGUAUGCUUUCCAACUCUUGGGCAUUGUUCAAGUCAUCUUCGCUGGCGCGAAAAAUAAUAGAAAAUGUUCAGUGGUUUGAUCUACUAUGAAUAUAAGCUGCUUUAUAUUAAUGUGAUAUUAGUUAUAAGAUUUAGUUAAUAGAGUCUUGUUCGUGUAUCAUGGACACGGCAAAUAUAAGAUAAGUUGUAAUAGUGUGUUGUAGUUGUGUAGUGUUGUGUGUGUUGAAGUUGUGUAGUGUGUGUAGUUGUAAUAAGUCUGCCACUUGAUGAUGACUGAUGAGACGCUAAAGUUUUUACGAAAGUUUGAUACCACGGUUGGCAUAACAAUAAACAACUCAAUUCAAAAAGCGUUUCAGUCUAGCGGCAAACCUAGUCUUUGAUGUUAGAUAAGAUAUCCUGCAAAGGUUAAAAAUAUGUACUUUAUCACUUCUUGGAGAGAUAAAUAUUUAUGAAGUGCAGUGGAAUAUUUUAGAGUUUUUCAACGAUUGUAAAGGGUACUUAUUGAUUAUGAUUAUGAUAAUAAAUAUGAUCGUGCAACACAAA